AUGGCAUCAACAUACAACUACGAGUACUUCAACGUCACGUUUCCUGGAGAGUAUGUCGCACAGGUUGAGAUCAACAGGCCGGAGAAGAUGAAUGCCUUCAACGAAACGUACNNCAUGUGGAAGGGCGUCGGGCAGAUCUUCGAACGUCUAUCUCACGAUCCGGAUGUACGCUGCGUGGUCUUGACUAGUGCAGGGGACAGAGCUUUCUCAGCAGGUCUCGAUGUUCAAUCAGCAUCAGAGACAGGAGUCUUGUCUGGAAACGACGGACGCGAUGCUGCAAGAGUGGCACACCGACUUCGUCUCCAUAUCGAUGAGUUCCAAGCAAGCAUCACUCAGAUCGAGAAAUGCGAGAAGCCGGUGAUAGCUGUAAUGCAUGGAGUCUCCUUCGGCCUGGCAUUGGACAUGACCCUUUGCGCCGAUAUCCGCAUCUGCGCUUCCAACACUCGGUUCGCAGUCAAGGAAGUGGAUAUUGGAUUGGCAGCAGAUAUCGGCACUCUUACCCGUCUGCCCAAAGCCAACAUCCCCAUGACGUUCAUCAAGGAUGUUGCUCUGACAGCUAGAGUGUUCACUGCACAGGAGGCUCUAACAGUCGGCAUCGUUUCUGCUGUGUAUGACACCAAGGCCGAGGCUUUGGCCAAAGCAGUGGAGAAAGCAAAGCUGAUCGCCAGCAAAAGCCCGGUAGCUGUCAUGGGCACGAAAGAGGUCUUGAACUUCUCCAGAGAUCACUCGGUACAAGACGGUUUGAGAUAUGUGUCGGUCUGGAAUGCAGCAUAUUGUAACACCGCAGACGUGACCGACUCGUUAACAGCAGGCAUAAAAAAGACGAAGCCUGUCUAUGCGAAGCUCUAA